CCACGCCCCCACCAAGUGCAGACUAAAAUCCUGGAUGGGAAGAAAGUCACACUGAAUAACAAGCAGAGUGCUGAUGUCUGGGGGAGAGACUGAAGGACACACCGUUCUUGUUCAGCAACAUUACCCGACUGCCUUUGAUAUGGAAGGCAGGACUUUAAUCCUGUUCUGGAAGUACUAGAACUUUUUAGGCAUCUACACCUUGUUUGCUGUUUUCUCCAUUAAAAAAAUCACUAAUGAUUCCUUAUAGUAACUCAAAAAUGCAGGACCAGCAAUUGAUGGAAAAACCUAACACCACGGACCGGAUAAGCCAGACGACUUUGAAGGAUCUUACUGCUGAAUUGGGUUAUAUGUCCCUCAGUGAAAACAAUGAGGGAAAUUGUGACCCUAAUGUAAAUGAAAUCAGGCAUAAGGAAGAAACGGUGGAUUUUGAAGUGAUGCAGCAAAGCCUCUGCAGAGGGAAUAAUAGAGGGAAGCCUUGUGAAGGAUUUUCUGGGAGCACAACUUGCACAUUAGAACUCAGUGGUAGUUGGGGUGACUUUGAAGGUUUCAGCGAAUCCUUAUGCAAGUCAGACAGCUUCAACCACACAUUUGAAGUUCUGGUGAAGUCAACAGAAGCUACUAAAACUGAUGUGGAUUUAAGUGAGGAAUAUUGCAGCUCUUCUCUGGGACACCCCUGCUCCAAGCUGUCUGUACACAACCAAAGAGAGGCUCCUUCUAGUUCUCUAAAUGAGGCCAAACACUGCUACGAGGAUAUUUUUAAGUUGGGCUUUCCAGAAAUCCCCGUACCACAGUCCACAGAGAGCAUCAGAAGCUUAGAUCAAGUGAUUAACACAAAGGAUGAAGAUGCUGGGCUUCCUGAACUUCUGAAGAAACAACUUUGUAUUGACUCUGGAAACAUAUGGAGAACUUUCAGAAGCACCGAUAACACUCCCAGUUUAAGAUAUUCCUGGAAUACAUCCCACUGCCAAGACAUUUUCUUGUCUGUUCUUGGAAUAGAUGCAUCUGAAAAGGACCAUUCAGAAGGCAGUAAGGAUGAUGUUUUUGAAGAUUCGAAUGUUAAAGAAAACGAAGACUUAAAAGUAGAUGGAUUCAGUUUUAGUAAUUGUAAAGCAUUAAUUCAAACCAAGCUCUCUGUGUCACCAGAUUCCAGGCGUGGUCAGCUCUUUACCUACAAUCUGUUUUUGAAGAGGACACCCUCAAGUGGAAAUAUGCAAUACAUAACAGUCCCGAAGAAGAAGAGAAUUUUCACAACACACAAUCUAAAAAUGAAAAUUUUCAAUAGUGAUAUUUGCUAACGCACAAGCACUUUUAUCUUUCCUUCUCUUAAAGUACAGUUUACCUUCAUUUUAUUACUGGACUGGUACUGAACUACAAAUGGCUUUUGUGGAAGAAAAUUACUUUUUCUAUAGAUGUGGCACGUAAAGCAAUUUUCUUAUUAAGGGUACUUAAUACCACUUUUAGAGGUGAGGAAAUAGUUUUGUCUUAGUAAGUUUGGGUAGCAAAUUACAAAGUCAUAUCUACUAUAGUAAUUCAACUAAGCUUUAUAUUUACAGGUAUUUUUGAUGGACAGUUUGUGACUUUUUAAACUCCUGGCUACUUCAGGACCAAAUUACCCUUUUUGAUUCCAACAGUCCCUUCCCCACAAAAAUCUACACCCAUUCUAGGUGUUGUGUGACAUGUGCCUUGUCACAGUCUCAUUUUUCCUUAGCAGGCUUUCCCAAGCCACCCAUCAGUCUGGUACUUUGUUGCUGCUGAUGGCCUGCUCUGGGUCACCCACUUUCCAUUUAUGACCAAGCGUCUGAACUCUUUGACUCAGUGGCAUUCAAGAGAGUUGUUUUCUAACAGCUUGAGAGUCACUGUUACCAGCGCUGAAACAUUGUUUCUCUACUUGGAAUAUAUUGCACCUUUUGAACCUAGUUAUAAGAGAGGUUUAUUCCUUUAGCUGCCAAUCAUUUGAAACCAUGCAUAGAGCCAGUUGUGCAGUCAAUCGAGGUCUUAUACUGUGCAGUGCUGUAGGUUGCUGUUUUAAGACCUUUAACAUUCAUAUUAACAGCUGAUUGAUGUGCCCAUACUCUCAAGUACCAAAUCAGGCAAUCUCCUAUCAGCCACAGAAUCCAUGGCUUAUCUUCACUACUGCACAAAUGACAUUAUUCAUUAGCAAGGAACUUAUAUGCAAGAUAUAGCAACCUCUUUUCUAUUUUGUCCCUUCUGAAUGUGAAAUCUUUGUAUGAUUGUUUUUAUUCUGAAAAGGCAUAGAUGAGCUUUUCCAGUGGCUUUAUGACGCUAAGUUUACAGCGUGACAAAUUUUUGUACAUGUUAACGUAUGUUGUACAUAGUUGAGUUAAAGUUAUGUGACAAAAGUGAAUACUCUGAAAUUAAACCAUUUAAACUUUUAACUUUUAAGUAAGUGCUAAAAUAAUUCACUUACUACUUUAGGACCUGUAUGCAACUGAGAAUGCCUCUAAGCCCUUGCUAGCAGUUAGUUGCUUAAUUUGAGGAUGCGAGCACUCUGUGCUGAAAACUAAGAAAGUCCGUAAGGGCUGGCACUUGUGGUACAAGAUGUGAUGUAAACUCUGAUCAGCAGUAAAAAUCAGAGCUGAGUUAUACAUUUACAAACAGUAGUAGCUUUCGCAAUGCCUCAGUCUUAUUCAUUGAGGAGGAGCUGUUUGUGAGCCGAUUGCUCAGUUAACAGCAGCAAUCUAACAAACAACCUUUAGCCUUCUGUUUGACUACGUGUCAUUUUAAAGUGGCUCAGCAGUUUUGGGCUUCAAUCCUUCUCUGAAUUCCACAGGGUUAAACCCCAAGUUCCACGCAAAUGGGCAUCUGAUCAGGGCCUAAACACUUAUACUUUUAAAGAAACACUGAAUUUCCUAUCUUCAAGAAUGUUCUCGUAGUAAAAAGUUGGCAAGAGCUAACAAGUCUGCACUGAUUUUUGUAAUGUUCUGUUUAAUAAAAUGUUCCA